UGGAUUAGGACCUUGGAAUCUCAGCUGGAGGAGAUUGAAAAAGGCACAAGGGGGCAAGACGUGGGACAGCUGGAAAGCAUUGACUCGGCUAAUCUCCUGGGUGAGAAAAGGUACAGAAGAAACCAACACUGGGCUCUAAUCCUCACCUGGGAAGUGGCUGCCAUUUCAAGACUGCACAAGGCUUUACAAUCUAAGGACGGGCUCCAGCAGUUGGGAAAAUGUUUCCCGUUCCACAUUCAGAUCACAGCAGAGAGCUGAAUGCACCCGUCCAUGUGAUCAUAAGAGAAAUCGCAGGAGGAGAUGCUCCACAGCUCGACUUGGGAAAGAAGGUUAGCAUCCCUCAGGAUCUGAUGAUGGAGGAGCUCUCCCUGCCCAUAAACAGGGGAUCCAGGCUGUACCAGCAGAGGCAGAAGAGAGUGCAGCGCUUUGUGUUGGAGCACCCUGCAGGCUCCAGAAAGGCCUCAAAUAGAACCGCUGGAGGAGACUCGCACGCAACCUACAAUGAAGGUGGAACAACAGAAGGAUGGAUGUCUGUCCACAAUGCAGAGGGGAAGGAGAACGACGAGGCUGAGUUUCACCAGGCAGCCUCCGGAAAGGGGGCACCCCCCAAAGUGCCGAAGAAAACGAACAAAGUGCUGCAGAUGAGCAGAGCUCUGAACCCCGAUGCUCUUGCUCCAGGCUAUGCUGGACCCCUAAAGGAAGUGCCACCAGAGAAGUUCAACAGAACCGCCAUCCCCAAAGGCUACCAGUGUCCUUGGCGGGAGUUCCUCAGCCAUGAGGAUUACCACCUAGACAGUGAGAACUGCUUGCCAGAACUUCCCAGGAAAGUGAACAUUGUCGACCUUAGGAGCUUCAACAGGACUCCAACCCCAUUUGGUGGACUAUUGAAUGAUGUGCUCGUCGGAUUCCUUGACACGGCUGAAACUCAGGCAGAUGCCAUGAACAGCUUGGAGCUCAUGUCAAGCAGGCCCAGCUUUAAUAGAGCACCUCAGGGCUGGAUCCAGAUCAUGCCAGAGUCAGAGGAUCUGUAACUGUAACUUGAUGUAAUAUUGCUACCUCCCUCUUUCCAAAGUCAAUACACACUACUCUCCCAGUUUAGUAAAAUAUAAUAGCCUGAAGGCCAUUUAGCAUAGAAUAGAUAUUAUACUCACACACUGUAGAAGUAGGAAAAGUAGCUUCUGCUUGCUGCUAACCAUUACAUAUUACAUCCACCACAAUCUGUCUAAGGCCAUUAUUGUGUUCUUCGACCAUGCAACUAUAGCAUACUACACGCUUCAUAUUAGGAUGUUUUAUUUAAGGUACUUACAAGUGAUGCGAUAUCAGCUAUCAAGUCCAAA